AUGGAAGCUGCGCGCGCAUCCCGAGAGUUGGGCCCCGCCCCCUCAGGACAGAGCUGCGCGCGCAGCUUUCAGGGCUCGCUGGUUCAUGGCGUUUACCAUAGAAUCCUAGGGACCUGGCGGACCGCAAAGGCCGCUAUUAGGCCCCUCGCCCUGGACCCACCUUCGUUGAAGACGCCCCCUAACCGGGGACCUCGGACUCCAGGACUCAGGAGGACUGAAGCAGGACCCAGCCGAAGCUGCCGCGGGGCCUUCCGGUCUCCGCGACCAUCCUCGAAGACUGCCCAGGCAGAUGGGGUCACCGAGGACUCUCUGCUCCUUGACAUUGAGAAGCUAAAGGAGAAGAGGGAGCUGCUGGACAAGGAGAUCUCCCAGUUAAUUUCUGAUGGCUACAGUGUGGACGAACUGGAGGACCACAUCUCCCAGCUCCAUGAGUACAAUGACAUCAAGGAUGUAGGGCAGAUGCUGCUGGGCAAGCUAGCUGUGAUCCGAGGUGUCACCACCAAAGAGUUAUACCCGGAAUUUGGCCUGGACGUGAAUGAUUGAGCAAGGGUCACUGCGCCGUGUCCGCUGCCCCACAGGCACAGCGAGAGCCCACCCAGGGCACCUGUGAGGGUUCCAGGGAGAAAAUGCCAGAAGACUUCUGAAGAGCCCAGGUGGAGGCAAGAAGCAGCCUCGAGAAAAAGGGGCAAGGGCAAAGGGAGAUGUUCCCCGCUCUGGGGCUCCUGAAAAGCCGGUGGUGCCUGUGCCCAGAUAUGUGUGGUGAUGGUCAGUAAAUGGAGCCGUGUCUGUGUGA